AUGCCCAAGACAACCCCACCAGCCCACCAAGGGACGACACAAAACACCUGCGAAUUCCAACUCCAAUUCCAAUCCCAAUCCCCAUUCCAACUCCAACUUCCCUCUGCCUUCAACUUCUCGCAACCCGCGCAUGACAACUUGAGCAUGGCCGCAAUACAAGAACUCGCAGACCGGACCAAGAUGGACACAGAUACGGGCGCGAUUUACAUCGACACAGACACGGGCGCCGACGAAACAUCCGCGACUGGUUCGGAGAACAAACCAUACAAGUCUCUGGCAUACGCCUAUAUCCAACAAGGUGGUAGCGAAGGGAAAACAUACAAAUCGCGUGCCUCCGUUACGGCGCCCGUCAACGAAAACGGAGAUCCGGCUGAGAGACUUGUGUGGAAAGAUCCUGCAAAGGCUGCAGUCAAGAAGGCCCAGAGCGCAUUAGAUGCCCACAAAAAAAAGCUUUUGAAGCAACAGCAGCGGGCGGCCCAGGAGGAGGAGCUAGAAACCGCACGGCUCAAGAACCUCGAAGAUGCGAAGAAAAUUGUGAUCACCGAAGACACGUCCUUGCCGAAAGCUGUUAAGAUCACAAUUGGAAAUAAGGAUGUCCAAUUAGGCGAAGGGGAUAUCAAGGGAACUCGAGUCAAGGUUUCCGGCCGUAUACACCGUCUACGACAACAAAAGCAAGCUACGUUCAUUACUCUGAUCGAUGGAUACGGCCAUCUGCAAUGCGUUCUAGCCGCUGGGGACCUUACCAAGACGUAUGAUGCCUUGACAUUUGCCCAGGGCACUUCGUUGACCGUCUAUGGAGAGAUUCGGAAGGUCCUAGCUGGCCAACAAGCCCCAGACGACCGGGAACUACAUGUAGACUAUUAUAAGGUCAUUGGUCGCAGUCCUUCCGAUGCAGAUGCUAUUACCAACAAAGUCUCAUCCCAACAGGAUCCAUGGGAGUCACAGAUGCUGGACAACCGCCACCUAGUACUCCGUGGUGAUACGGCAUCUUCAGUUAUGAAGGUUCGGUCUGCCGUAGAAUGGGCAUUUGCAAAGGCGUAUAGAGAGAUGCACUUUACCAAGAUCAGCCCUCCAGCCUUUGUCCAAACUCAAGUUGAAGGUGGCUCUACCCUGUUCGAACUAGAUUACUACGGCGAGAAGACAUACCUAACCCAGUCAUCCCAACUUUACCUUGAGACUGGACUUCCAAGCCUGGGCAACGUCUACUGUGUCGAGAAGUCUUUCCGCGCUGAGAAGUCUCUCACCCGCCGUCAUUUGUCUGAAUAUACCCACGUUGAGGCCGAAAUGGAUUUUAUCGACUUCGAUGAUCUCCUGGAUCAUAUAGAGGAUAUAAUCAGCCGGGUUAUCACAACGGUCAUGGACGAUAAGGAGAUUGCUGCUUACAUUAAAGAGCUUAACCCCGAGUUUAAGGCGCCAACAAGGCCAUUCAAGCGCAUGCAAUACACGGAGGCUAUUGACUGGUUGAACGCGCAAGAUCCCCCAAUUCUCAACGAAGAGGGAAACCCUCACGUGUUUGGAGACGAUAUCGCUGAGGCCGCUGAGCGGAGGAUGACUGAUAUCAUCAACUUGCCGAUAUUUCUCCAAAAAUUCCCUACUACAAUCAAAGCUUUUUAUAUGAAGAAGGACGAAGCCGACCGCCGUGUCACGGAGAGUGUUGAUGUCCUGAUGCCGGGCGUGGGUGAGAUUGUCGGAGGCUCAAUGAGAAUGGAGGGCUAUGAGGAGUUGAUGGAGGCAUACAAGCGAGAAGGAAUCUCUCCCAAGGACUAUUACUGGUACACCGAGCAGCGAAAGUAA